AUGGCUACUAACAGCUCAAGUAUAAAUGAAUUGCUGCGACAGAUAAAUGAUCAGGUCAUCAUUGUGCAGUUCUUAGUGAUCUUUUUUUUUUCAGUGAACAUGCUGCUCAUUGUGACUUUUUUUCAAAAGCAGUCUUUCCGCAGCAGCGCUCGCUACAUCCUGUUUGCUUUCAUGUUGCUAUCAGACAGCUUUCUGUUAAUCAUGUCUAACUUUCUUCUCGUCUUGUACUAUUAUAAAAUGACGAUUCCAGUCCCAUUUUGCAUUGUGCUCUGUAUGAUUGUGUUUCUGUACGGUGCAGUUACACCAAUCACUCUUGCUUCAAUGACCUUGGAGCGAUACGUGGCCAUCUGCAUGCCCCUUCGUCACGCAGAGCUGUGCUCUACUCGCAGUACGGUGCACUGCAUCCUCAUCAUUCACGGCAUCGGCUCAGUUCAGGGUGUCGUGAUUCUCUCCUUGUUUUUUGCCUCUGCGCCUUUAAGCCUUUACAAAGGAAACAGGGUGUGUUCAGCAGACAUGUUCAUGUUACUUACAUGGCACAGCCAACUUAGAACCGCUUUAAGUCAGCUGUACUUUUAUAUUACAUUUAUUAUUAUUGCUUUCUCCUAUUUUAGGAUAAUGAAAGUGGCCAAAGCUGCAUCGGGACAGAAUAAAAAGUCUUCACAGAAAGGGCUUAAAACAGUGAGUCUUCAUGCUUCCCAGCUGCUGCUGUGCCUUAUUGAGCUGUGGUGUCCCUUUAUUGAGGCUGCCGUGCUUAAACAGAAUCUGAUGUUGUAUGUUAAAAUGAAGUACUUUAAUUAUGUAAUGUUUUAUGUUGCACCAAGAUGCUUAAGUCCUCUCAUUUAUGGGCUCAGGGACGAAACAUUUGUCCUGGCUCUGAAAAACACUAUUGGUUUUGGAUUGAUAAAGAAAAGCAAAACUUAAGUUCUUCUUGUAUAAAUAUAGUUCUACCUUUGAAAAGAAAAGCAUUUAUGAGACUUUAAGCAACGAUUUUAAACUAUAAACAACAAAGCAGUUUUUGUUUGCUGCAUGUGCAGUUCUACACCAUCCUGUCAAAAAUUGUGAAACGUUUUCUUGCUGUAUUAAAAAAGCAAAAAGCCAGAAAAUGUACAACACUGAACACGAACAUUGAUGGAAACUAUUCUAUUAAAUGCAAAAUGAAAGGAGACUUGGCAUAAUUUUUAUUUUCAUGCAAACAACACUAAAGUUUAAGUUGCUGUGUCUCCUGAUGGCAUUGGACCUAAUGCAUAUUAGACAUUGGGAUGUAGAUGGGAGAGGACAUUCUACUGCUGAAUCAGGACAAAACUAAAGUUUUAUUUGUUGGUCUUCAGGGGAAAAAAGACAGAGUCCCUUUUCAGUAGAAAUAUAAAUAUAGGUGACAAUAUCAGCCACAUGGGGGGUAAUACUGGAUGCAGAUUGUAGCUUUGAGGCCUACAUAAACAAACAUAUUAAAGGCUCCAUUUUGUCAACUUAAGAAUAGUGACUGACUCAGGUUAUUUAACUUAAGGCCAAGUGAAGAAAUAUCAAUUCAUGUCUUUGUUUUAUCCAGGAUUGAUUUUUAAAGGCACCUGUUCGUCUGAUUUUGAUAACAAAAAAAGACAGAAAACAAACUGCCAUUUGGGUAGAAUUCAUCAACUGUCCUAUUUAGCAGAACCAGAAAGAUGUUUGGUAAAAACACACAAGUAAACUAAAUGAAAACUGAAUUAAUUGAGUGAUCUACAGUCUCCAAAACACUGUAGCCCAAUUUUUUUGUUUUGUUGCUCUUCAUGGAAUAUUCAUCUAAUCAGUCCUUUUCUAAUUCAUGGCAGCGUCUGUUGUCAUUUUAUAUAUUUGGUCUUUUGUCUUUCUUUAAGAGCUAUGACUUGGUUUUAGCUUCAGAGAGCA